CAAUCACAUGCAGCAGGCGUUGUGCCUGCCGGAAAAGAGGCUUUGCAAGACUUUCUGACCCAGGAGGACAUGUCAAAGAUAAAAUCUUCAAUUAUUUAUAUCGAUGUUUUGGAUGUCUGGUUAUUCUCAUGAGAAAAGCAAUGAGAACAAAUCCCUCUUCGCCUCCGCUGCAUGUGCAUGUGUCAGACAGCACACCUGUGCACGUGCAUGUGAAGAAGGCCCAGAAGACCAGUUCACCCAAGACGCAGAAGAAAGCAAUGGAUUCUGAUGGUUUGCGUCCCACGGCCAAGGUGAAGACAAGGAUGCCAUGGAUACCUCCUGGAAAGACCUCCGCUCGGGUACCUUCCUUCAAGUGGGAGGGGCCUACACACCACCUGGAGAUCACCCCUCUCCCUGACCCUGAGCCUUCCCCUGCAGGGCUGCGUCUGGAGGACCUGUCCACAGACGAGGAGGAGGCUGUGCACGGGCGUAUCAGCCAGUACGAGAAGAAGAUUGACAGCCUGAUGACGGAGGUUAGCUCACUCAAGAGUGAGGUUGAGUUACGCAGAAAGGAGCAGCUCUUUGAUCGUCAGUCUGAGAGACUUACUGCUUCCCACCGGGUCAUCGCUGAACAGGAAGAGGAACUGGCCGAGGUCUCCAAAGAGCUGGAGGUCACAGAGCGAGAGAAUUCCCGCCUCCGGGAGUCCAUGGAGAAGAUGCUUGAGGAGUCGGACUUCACCAGGCUGGAGAAGGAGAGCCUCCUGCAGGAGAAAGACCUGCUCCUCAGCAAGCUGCUAGAGGCCGAGCUGGACGGCACAGCGGCCGCCAAGCAGGUCGCCCUCAGGGAGACGGUCAGCCGCAUAUCCCACAGCACCAGCGCAUAAAGGCUGUCCGGCUCUGAUUCCUCAAUCCUGAGUAAGCAGAAGGGCUUGCUCCUUCAGAAGCUGGAGACGUUUGAAGGCACCAACCGGACCCUUCGCCACUCCCUGAGGGAGCAGCACGGGCGUGAGGUAACCUCCCUACGUCUGUUGGAACAGAAAGAUUCUUUACUGAAGAAGCUAACAGACAUAGAGGCAGAGAACUCACUAUUUCGAAUUAAACUUCAGGACAAAGAGAAAGAACUUGACCAACAUCUCAUCACUCCUAAGAAACGAGAAGGUAAGAAUUCCAAGACCACCAGUGAGUUGUCUAAAGUUCUGGAGUCUACGCGGGGGCAUCCGGGUCAGCUACGGAGUAAGGAGGCUGACAACACCGGCUCCAGUGUUCAGAUCAAAGGUACAGAACCCAAUAACCUGGAGCGGGCAGCCAAUCAGCAGCGGGGGGAGAUGGACAACCUGCAGACGCAGCUGCGGGAGCUGAGGGAGCGGGCCGACGGCGACAAGGAGGCCCUGAAGAGGGCCACACGCGCGCAGAAGCACCGGGCGGAGCGCAGCGAGGACGCCGCCGGACAGCUGAGUGCCCAGCUAAUGGAGAUAGAGGCUCAGCUGGCCGAUGCCGUGUCUGCCGCCGAGAGCUGGAGCAGCCGCCCACGGCAAGGAGGUGAAGGACAGAGCCAGAUGGAGAUGGAGAUCUCCGUCUGAAAUAGCCGAAUAACAGAUCUAACAGAGCAGCUUCAACGUGUCGAGGACAAGUCACGGGCGGAGAGGGAAGGGCUCCUGGACCGACUCCAUGGGCUCACGACAGAGAGCACCGCUGCCAGGCUGGAGAACCAGAGCCUGAAGGCCACUCUAAAUGCACUGGAGGAGAAGCUCUCUCUGUCCCAGUCGGAGGUGCAGCAGGUGAAGAGCUCCGUGAAGCAGUAUGAGAGCCUGGUGGACAGCUACAAAGCACAGCUCCAAAAGACCGGGCCGACGCGGACGACUACAGCCUGCCCUGGAGAGGGCUGAGCGGAGCCAGGGCGGUGCGCGAAGCUGGACCAUGAGAUCCAGCAGGUGAAGAAGGGCCUGCAGGAGCGCCUGGCCGAGCUGGAGCCGCUGCCGAGGCCCUGAGGCGCUCCGAGCUGCAGCUGCACGAGGCGCAGGAGCGCGAGAGGGCCCAGGACAGGAAGACCAGCGAGCUCACCAAUGCCCUCACGGAGCUGCGC